AUGAUAUCAUAUAUUAAGGGUUAUAUAAAACCUUCCUUGUCUAACAAUAAAUUUAUUUUUGGAAGAGCAUCAUAUACCAGUAUGCUGAAAUAUUUGAAUCAAACGGAAAGCAUCAAUGUAGAUAAAGAUUUAUUUGAGAAAUAUAAGUUUAGCGUCGAUCAAUUAAUGGAACUUGCUGGCCAAAGUUGUGCUAUUGCCAUUGCUCGUACUUAUCCAUCGCUUAAAAAUUCUAAACAAAAAAUUUUGAUUUGUUGUGGCCCAGGAAACAAUGGUGGUGAUGGACUUGUUUGCGCUAGACACUUAAAACAAUUUGGAUAUUUGCCUGAAAUUUAUUAUCCUAAAAGGACAAACAAUACACUGUAUGAAAAUUUACUGCAUCAGUGCAUUGAAAAUGAUAUUCCCUUAUUAAAGGAUGAUGUAGAAUACAUUGCUUCAAAGCAACUUCAUCAAUUUGGUCUUAUAGUGGAUGCAAUAUUUGGAUUUAGUUUUAAGCCACCUAUAAGGGAUACAUUUAUUCCCAUUAUUCACCUGUUAGAAAAUACGACUGUUCCAAUUUGUAGUAUUGAUAUACCAUCAGGUUGGAAUGUUGAAGAUGGACCACCUACAGAAGGCGGAAUAAAACCAGAAAUGCUUGUAUCACUAACAGCGCCAAAAUUAUGUGCUAAAAAAUUUGAAGGGAAGUAUCAUUAUUUAGGUGGUCGAUUUGUACCUAAAAAAUUGGAUAAAGCAUAUAGCCUUAAUCUACCUGAAUAUCCAGGAACUGAUUUAAUUCUUUUGUUAAAUUAAGUCUUCAUACAAACUUUAAUUACUUGCAUUUUUUAUUACAAAUAUGUACAAGAAUCGAAAAUAAAAUAUUUAUAACUGUUGAUAAGCAGCUAUAUUGUUCUAUA